CACGAUCAGUACGUGUGGCGUCACGUCGACUCGUCAUUGGUUGGAAUAAUGAUAAAACUCAGAAGGGAAGGGAGAAGGGACUAAUGGAGAAAAAAUCAGCAGGAGUGAUGGAGUUUGAUGAGUAAUCAAUUCAAUUAUCGACUUCGCUAUUGAAUUUGGCUGUGUAUUCAAGUUACCAUGAGACCAAACAGUAAUGUGGAGCAGAGAAGUUCCAGUUUAUUAACCAAAGACGAAAAUGAACAGAUUUUCAAUCUUCUCGGUCAAAAAUGCCAGGCUUUAUCAACCACUGUGGUCCAGCUGUAUUGCACCGAAGGUCCAGAUGGAACCCAUUGGAUGAAAAAGGAUAUUGGUGUUUUGUGUUUAGUUCGCGAUAUCAAUAAAAGAUCUUAUUUCUUUCGACUAUUCUGUCCAUUACGUAAUCGAAUGGUCUGGGAACAUGAAAUCUACAACAGUAUGCAGUAUUUGGCACCCAAAUCCUUCCUACAUACUUUCGAAGCUGAAGAACGUAUUGUUGCCUUCAAUUUCGCCAGCGAAGAUGAAGCUAUUCAUAUGAGAGGAAUAUUGCUCGAAAAAUUGAAAACCAAAGAACAGAAAAGAUUAGAAAGACGCAAAGUUCAUGGAAGAAAUUCUGUUGCUCAAGCUCCUUCUAGACCUGCUCCUAUGCCAAGCACCGUUAGUAAUGGAUAUGUGUACCCUAAAGCUGCAAUGCCAUCGAAAUCAUCGUUCACUCUCAGUAAUAAGAAAAACAAAAAGAAAAGUAUUACCAAAGCUGACAUAGGCAAUCCUCAAAAUUUCAGACAUGUUUCUCACGUUGGUUGGGAUCCAACUACUGGUUUUGAUUUAGAAAAUGUUGACAAGUCUAUGAGAAAAUUCUUCGAGAAGGUGGGAAUUUCUGAAAGUGAUCUGAAAGAUAAAGAGACUCGAGAAUUCAUCUACGAUUUCAUCGAGAAACACGGUGGUUUGGAUGCAGUCAAGCAAGAUAUUCAUCAUCAAUCAAUCCUACCUCCUCCAUCACCUCCUCCUCCGCCUCCAGUGCCAUCGAGAAAUGCACCUGCUCCUGCACCGUCUUCCAAUUUCCGACCAGCUCCUCCUCCUCCACCAUCGAGAAAUGCAAGCGCAGCACAUCCUGCUCCUCCACCUCCUCCUUCGGAUCCUCCACCGGUCAAUGUUAUGAUGCAAAGAAAUCAUGAACAAAUGAUUAAAAGAACAGCGCCGAAUGCCGCAGGUCCAAUGAGUAAUGCUCCACCGCCUCCUCCUCCACCACCAUUACCGCCUCCAAAUGCGAUAAGUGAAGGAAACGGUCCUCCUGUUCCACCUGUGUCUUCGAGUUCCAAUUCUGCACCGUUGGCAGCGGCUUUCGAUCCGAGAUCUGCUUUGAUGGAAUCUAUUCGAAGUGGAACCAAGUUGAAACACGUGGAAGCAGAUUCGAAGAAAACUGAUGACUCUAGGGGAGAAUUACUGAACCAGAUAAGGCAAGGCGUUGAAUUGAAAUCAGUGCAACCGGUAGAAAAACCUUCUCAAGGUUCAUUACCUGUCGAUGGAUUGGCUGGCGCAUUAGCUCGUGCUCUAGCCGAACGUUCGAAAGCAAUCCACAGCGAUUCUAGUGAUACUAACGAUAGCGAUGAAAGUGAUAGCGACGAAUGGGGAUAAUAAAUUGAUAAUUGUAAACCUGAAUAUUUUAUGAGUGUAACUGAAAGUUAUAAAUUAUCCUUGUUUAAUAAUUAUUAAGGUAUGAAAGUUGUUCCCACUUUAGGAUAUUGAGUUGAGAAAACCACGUUCAUUAUAAUCACUCUUUAAGACUUCUCUAUAGUUACUCAUUGCUAAUAACUAGAAAUUCUAGGUACUCAACUACUCAUCCUUGAUUACUUUUAAGUACGUUUACGUAUUCGAAUAAUGAAAAUAAAAGUACCUAAUUACAUGUUGAA